CGACGGGCGGGAAAGACGAAUUCGCGGAGCGUUGGGAGCGGCGCGCGAGGGAGCGAAGGGUGAGUCGGGGGAGGGAAGGGGUCGGGGGGGGGUCUCCUGGUCUCCAUAGCAACCGCGCAGGCAGGAACAGCCCUCCCACGGCGAGAGGGGAGGGGGGCGGAGCUGAGGCCAGUUGCACUCUGCACAUGCUCAGGAGACGACGACGCCCACUUCCUCCCCUCAUUUACCCCCUUCGUUUAUUUAUUCGCGGGUCUCAUUUGUUUCUUCAUUUAUUCCCUUCCUUUAUUCAUCGGUGUGUUCAUUAGCUUUUUAUACUUAUUUAUUUAUUUAUCUAACAAUAAUAAUAAUAAUAAAAAUAAAAUUUUAUUUAUAUCCCGCCCUCCCCAGCCAAAGCCGGGCUCAGAGCGGCUAACAGUAAAAAUAGCACAAUUUACAUAAAGCCACAGUCAUUAAAAUACAUUCUAAAAUCAAUUUAGAAUCCAAUUAAUUUGUUCAGUGGUUGUUGUAGGAGGUGUUAAAUUUUCACACCGCCCAGGUUUUAGGUUUGAUGCGGCCCUCAGCUCCUGAAGGUAACGGGGCCCUUUCUAUGUCCAGCUGUCCUUUGUCAACAACAAAUUGUCACCUUUUUGUGUGUGGAAUAUAUGCUAUAUGGUCAUUUUUGGACCCAAUAGGUAUCUAAAGCCAUUCGCACAUCACAAAAUAUGUAUUUUAUCAAAGUAAUUGCUGAACUGAAAUACAAUUAAGUAUAUUAAUAGUGAAAUAAUUAAGAUCUAACUUAAAAUGAUUUUUAAUUCAUAACAAACUUGAUAAUGCAAACACAUUGGCAUUUGGCAAUAACAAAAGUUCCUUUAGAAAAGGUUCCUUUAGCUUACAUUUUGGAAAUGUACAUCCAGUGUUGUUUUUUCCCCUUUAAUUUUUUUGGGGGCCCCCAAGAGAGUGGGGCCCUAAGCUAUAGCUUGUUUAGCUUACACGUAAAUCCGUCACUGACACUGCCCCACCAUCUUAGGAUCAUGGGGUGGUUCUCUGUAUUAGAAAAAAAACAUAAAAAUACUCGGUGUUUUUAUUCCCUUUACUAAUUUGUUCGAUUGUUGCUUCCCUUCAUGCAUUCGGUCGUUCAGUCCACCAAUCCAUCAAUGAAUUAUUCAUUCGUUGAAUUUGUGACCCGCUUUUAUCUUGCCCAGGGCAACCUAAAGCAACACACACACCCCAAGCCACCUAGAUAUAGCAUUAAAACCAAAAGGAAACGACCCUCCUGACUCCAAAAGAUUUGUUCCUUUAAUUGAUUGGUUGAUUCCCUUCAUUUGGCACCUCUGGUGCACAGGCUCUUCAGAGGAACUCUUAGGACUCCCUUACCUCUCCUCUCCCAACCCGCCUUAUUCCUGUGACUCUAAUUGAAGCUCUACUUUUAAUAUACCGUGUUUCAAUUGUGGCCACCUGCAAGGGGGAAGAGCAGAUAAUUAACAAUAACCAUAAUAACAGUAAGAUGCAUUUGGCAUCAGUGUAAAAAUACGGGGUGGAGACCGGAGUGAAAACAGUUGCUUUAUUUCAGGCAUUUAUGUACUGCCUGAUAAUCAGAAUUUCUAAGAGGCACACGUGAAGUGCAUGCAAAGAACAGGAUAGCAACUCUGUAAAAGUUUGGUGUUUUUUUCUCCUCCCCUCUCCUGCUUCUACACGGGGACUGUUUCUCUUUCUAUUUCUCUAUCUUAUUUACGUGUCACCAUGUUUAGUGCACAUAUAAUUAUGUACUUUUUAACUGUCAAUAAAGAUGUCGGGGGUGUGUGGAAAGAGAACAGGAAUGGUUUACGAUUGGAAGAAAGGGGCGUGCCCUUAUAAUACACGCCUUUCCUGUGGUAUGUUUGGAAAUUGCUUUGAGACACAUGGAACAGGUGGUUCAUGAAUUGAUAAGUGAUAGUAGAUUCUGCAAGCUUGUCCAGCAGGACAGAAUUCUUAAAAAAUAAUAAUAAUAACAAUUUCAACAUAACAAAAUAUCAAAACAUCUCAUUAUUUUCCCCCAUUUCACCUCCCCAUCAAACCCUGCCUCCCUCCUCCCCCGAGACUUCCCUCAGCUCCUCUCUGAUUUCUCAACCCAUAUUGUUCUCUGCAUACUGUAAAAUAGUAUAAAUCCUUAUAUUAUCUAUCUACUAUGUUAAUCAAGAAAUUUGUGUAUGUUUAUUCAAAACCUGCCAAGGCGUCCAAUUCAUUUUGUUGUCUUUUUGAGUAAUGUGUGAAAAGUUCCCAUUCUAGGACAGAAAGAUUUUUUUAAAACAUUAUUCCAGGUGUUUAUGUAGCAUGUUUGCAAAUCGCUUUGGGACACAUGUAAAAGUUGAUAUGUAAAUUGAUGAUAAAUGGGUAAAGAGGGAGUCUUCGGCAUGGGGUAGAAAACAAGACCGAGGGUUCUGAAGCUAGGCUGCUUGGUUUUGCCAAGGUGUGGAGCCUGAUGGUGGGUUUGAACCCUGGUCUUCCAGGAGGUCAUAGUCCCUACACUCAAACACUCCCUGCCACUCCUCCCGUGGCUGGAAAGGGGUUAGCUCAAACUCUGGUUUACUAGUAAAACUGAAUUACUUUGUUGUGAAAUGACGCAUAUCUAAAAAGCAUGUCGCCAACGUGGGAAGUUUGGAAAGCCACUGUACCACACUGGCUCCAGUUCUUAAUGGGUGGGAUUAUGCAAGUCGCUCUCUCCUUUAUUUUGGUUAUUUGUUAUCUGAACAAUAGGCUAAAAUGUUUGGUCUUUGAACAGCGGGCAAAGCAUGAACCUUCACGCCUAAAAUGCAUUAAACCCCUGGAGUGUGGGUCUGUUCUGGAUGGGAUUUGCUGCCAUGGAGGACGUGGAGUCGCGUUUCGUGCACUUCCUCAAGCCGAUAAGGGACCUCACUGCGAACUGGGCGGUGGAUGUGGCAGCUCAGCUGGGAGAAUACCUGGAGGAGGUAAGUGCCUCUAUUUACUCCUGCUUUGGGGGGAGAGCAUGUGUGCAGGGAGCUGCUUUGGCAAGGGAAUCUCAUUCUACCUAUGGCGUCUCUGCCUCUGCAGAGUGAAACUCUCCUUCUAGCUGUGAGCGGGGCUGUCUUCUGUGUCCAGGGCAGCUGUCUGCCAGCUCCAUCUGGUACGCAGGCUGGCUGAGACCCUCUCUGCCCACAAAACUGUCUCGCCAGAGUGGGGCAUGCUCUGGUUAUCUCCCGCUUGGACUACUGCAACGCACUCUAUGUGGGGCUACCUUUGAAGGUGACCCGGAAACUGCAACUAAUCCAGAUUGUGGCAGCCAGACUGGUGACUGGGAGUGGCCACCGAGACCACAUAACACCGGUCCUGAAAGACCUCCAUUGGCUCCCAGUACGUUUCCGAGCACAAUUCAAAGUGUUGGUGCUGACCUUUAAAGCCCUAAACGGCCUCGGUCCAGUAUACCUGAAGGAGCGUCUCCACCCCCAUCGUUCUACCCGACACUGAGGUCCAGCACCAAGGGCCUUCUGGCAGUUCCCUCACUGCGAGAAGCAAAGUUUCAGGGAAGCAAGCUAUGGGAGAUGCAACAUGUCUCCGUUUGUUCCCUGUUAAAUUGGGAUAUAAGCAGUACCCUUAGUUGCUUUUUGAUGGUGAUAUGAUUGAAGAACAAAAUCAAACAAAGCUCUUGCUGUCUGUUAGAAUUAGUUUGCCAAAACAGAAUCUAUUAUUCCUGUAUUCUCUUGUCACCUCAUGUAUUUAUUUUUUUAAUCCUGCAGCUGGCGCAGAUCUGCAUUUCAUUUGAUAAUGGCAGAACCACCAUGAACUUUACAGAAGCAGCAAUGCUCAUCCAAGGUUCUGCCUGCAUCUACAGCAAGAAGGUGAGGUGGCUAUCAAGAAUGCUCAAACUAGAUGGACCAUGGAACUGCAACAAAAUUGUCUGGCUUAGCAAACUCCAUUCUUGCCUCUAAACCUGUUGCCUUUUUUCUCUUUUUUCAGGUGGAAUCUCUCUACUCACUGGUCUUCCAGGCACUUGAUUUCAUUUCCAAUAAGAAGUUAGUUGAACUUUUUUGGAGGGGGAGGGAAGAUUUUCACUUCCGGAGUGGCUAGAGCUCUUCAUAUUUCUGUCCUGGAAUCCCUCACCUUCCUCUGCCCAUUGUGCUGCCUUUGACUUAGUUACAGUCAAACCUCGGUUGUCAAACGUAAUCCGUUCCAGAAGCCUGUUCAACAACCGAGGUGCAGCUUCCGAUUGGUUGCAAGAGCUUCCUGCACUCAUGCGGAAGCUGCGUCAGACACUUGGCUUCCGAAAAACAUUCGAAAACCGGAGCAUUUACUUCCAGGUUUUUGACGUUCGGGAACCGAAACAUUCCAAAACGGAGAUGUUCGCGAUCUCAGGUUUGAUUGUAUUGCCAAGAUAGCUUUGUCUCUCUCCAUUGUUUUUUUACUUUAGACAAAUCUUUUAAGUUGUCAGGUGUACUUUUUUCUAAUAUUGGCAGCAAAAAUUUGGUUAGUGGAGCUGAAUAGCUUCAUUUUCUGGAAGUUUUCUGGCAUUGAGAGAGCUCUAGGUUUAUGUCCUCAUAUCGUGAAGGAGCAACAGUGGUGCCUCGCAAGACGAAAUUAAUCCGUUCCGCGAGUCUCUUCGUCUUGCGGUUUUUUCGUCUUGCGAAGCACGGCUAUUAGCAGCUAUUAGCGGCUAUUAACGGCUUAGCAGCUUUAAGAAAAAGGAAACAAACUCGCAAGAACUCGCAAGACGUUUCGUCUUGCGAAGCAAGCCCAUAGGGAAAUUCGUCUUGCGGAACGACUCAAAAAACGCAAAACCCUUUCGUCUAGCGAGUUUUUCGUCUUGCGAGGCAUUCGUCUUGCGGGGCACCACUGAAUUUUGUUUUGCUGCUUCAUUUGUCUUAAGUUGGCAUGUCUUUCGCCUGCUUGUUUCCUGCUGCCUCGUGUUAUGACCGUGGGGCUAGGUGUUUCCACCAUUCCUCUCUGUGUGUUUUAUUAUAAGAACAAUUCCAGAAACACAGCUCCCCUGACGUGCUAGCUUCCUUGCUUGCAAGGAGAGGUGCUGUUGUUCUGACAUAAAACCACAUUUGUCUAUGUACUUCGAAACCCACCCAUCCCACCAUUUGUAGAUAGAAAUGAUCAGUGCAAAGAAUUUUACACUGGCUUAUUUUUCUGACUGCAUCCAACCAGUCAUUACUAUAGCAGUAAGUAGCCAGAAAGUUCUGUGGUAACGAAGACUCGGGACUGCAAUACCUCAAGGACCGCCUCUUCCUAUAUGAACCUUCCCGGUCCCUGAGAUCAUCUUCUGAGGCCCUCCUUCGUGUUCCUCCUCCUUGAGAGGUCUGGACGGUCGCAACACAAGAACAGGGCCUUUUCUGCAGUGGCUCCACAACUGUGGAAUGCUCUCCUCAGGGAAGUUUGCCUGGCGCCUUCAUUAUACACCUUGAGGCGCCAGGCAAAAAGGUUCCUUUUAAACCAGGCUUUUGGUGGAUCUUAUUGACAUCCAACACCCUUUUAGAAUGUGGCUUUGUGGGGGGGGGGGUUAUUGGGUUACUGCUUUUGGUUUGAUUUUAUAUGUUGUGGUCUUGUUGCGAACUGCCCUGAGACCUCUGGGUAUAGGGCGGUGUAUAAGUUGAAUAAAUAAUAAUAAUUAAUAAUAAAAGAAGUUGAAAGGCUGAAUUACAGCCAUUCUUAAAGUGGGAAAAUUUCCCAUCUGUGCCCCUCCAACCAUUUUCUCCACGGCUCACAACCUUAUUACACGGAGCGGGUUCAGGAAAUUGCUUCUCCGUGUGAAAAAGCGGAAGGUCGUUUUCAGAUCACCCAGGAUCCUGUCCCCGUUGCCCUGAUGAGCUUUGUUGUUGGUCAUGUUUGCCUGGCAUGCUCCUGGGGUCUCCUGAGGGUGGUGUUUGUCAUGGUGUCAUUGUAUCUGGCGUCCCGUUGUCAAUCAUAUAGCCUGACUCUGCCCUAUAGCCAGCGAACCUUGACUGUAGUAUUGCCUGGUAACCUGGAUUCUGAAAUUGCACUCUUCGGGGGUCUUUCAUUUGCUUGAAAAAGAGAGGGAUUCAAAUUUUAAAAACAACAAUUUGCUCUGAUUUUCCUUUUCCCGUGACUCUUUCCACUCCCACCGAUUAGGCGUGAGAAGCAGGCUGCAUCAGUAGGAGAGGAUGGAGUUGACAGAGAUGUCAGCAAUGGACCAGCAGCAGAAGAGGAAAAGGUGAGGUCCAUUGUCGUCGUGCAAGAGAAUGUGUCCAUGUUCUCUCUCCCUCUGCAAGCAAAGCUGUUCUCUUGACUGGGCCAAAGGCAGCAACAGAAACUGGCUGCAGGUGGAUUCUGUCAGAGCAGCGUCAAAGCAGCUCUUGCCUGUGGCCGUUCUGCUUCAUCCAUCUGUAGAACAGCCUUUGCCAACCUGGCAGCCUUCAGAUGCUGGCCUACAGCCUCCCAUCAGCUGAGGGGAUGUCCUAGUUUAACUGGGGGGCACCAGCUUGGCAAAAGCUUUAAUUUUUGCUCUUGGUGAUGACUGCAGGCUUCUUCUAGUUGCAGAAACGUACAGGAAAAUGCUGCCAGCAAUCUCUUUGUAUAAAUUACAGAGGGGCGGCUGGGCUUGCCAGCUCUUGCAGAAGGAGUCCUGCAGCUCCUUCAAACCUCACAGAAUCAUAGAAUUGUAGAUUUGGUUCCGGUCCUGUAUACCUAUCCAUCUCCACCCCCAUCGUUCUGCCCGGACACUGAGGUCCAGCGCCGAGGGUCUUCUGGUGGUUCCCUCCCUGUGAGAAGUGAGGUUACAGGGAAUCAGGCAGAGGGCCUUCUCAGUGGUGGCGCCCGCCCUGUGGAACGCCCUCCCACCAGAUGUCAAAGAAAUAAACAACUGUAUAUGACAUUUAGAAGACAUCUGAAGGCAGCCCUGUUUAGGGAAGUUUUUAAUGAUUGAUGUUUUAAUGUAUUUUUAAUCUUUCAUUGGAAGCCGCCCAGAGGGGCUGGGGAAACCCAGCCAGAUGGGUGGGGUAGAAAUAAAAUAUUAUUAUUAUUAUUGCUUGAGUUGGAAGGGACCGCAAGGAUCAUGUAGUCCAACACCCUGCAAUGCAGGAUUCUUGACCUUGAGAUUGCGUUUCAAGCACUGCUGACCUAAUGAAUGCUUUAUGGCAUAAAGCAGCUUAGGGCCCUCAUUUACGGAACCGCCUCUCCUGGUAUGCCCCACAGAGGAUCAUGAACAACCAUAGUUUAGAGGUCCCAGGCCCUAAGGAAGUCAGACUAUCCUCCACCUGGGCCAGGACCUUCUCAGUGAUGGCUCCGACCUGGUGAAAUGCUCUGUCCCAUGAGACCAGGGCCCUGCAGGAUUUAACCUCCUUCCGUCGGGCCUGUAAGACAGAGCUAUUCCGCCUGGCCUUGAAUUUGAAUUCAGCCUGAUCUUUUAUUUCCCUUCUCUUCCCUCCCCCUCCCCUUUUAUGAAGAUCACCUUCUCUGAGACCCCACAGCUAAUUCUCCCCUGGCCUCCCUGCUGGCCCAAGUAGGACCAAUUCAGCUAGCUAGCCCUGGUGAUUAUUUCCCCUAAACUGAUUUCUGAAUUUUGAAUUUUACUGUUAUUCAUGUUUUUAUACUAUAUUUUAUGCUGCUUUUACAAUUAAGUGUUUUAAAUUUGUUGUUAGCUUCCCUGAGCCCGGUUUUUGAACCGGGAAGGGCGGGGUAUAAAUAAAAAUUUAUUAUUAUUAUUAUUUAUUAUGAGGUUAUAUGGAUGAAAGUCUACUUUGUCAGGUGCAUAUAUCUUUUUAUGUUGCCCAAAUACACUUAAUGUCACUUCAAAAUUGUAGCUUGCCUUGAGGACUAGGGAUGGGGCAGGCUAGAUUUUUAUCUUUAUUUUUAAAUGCCAGCCAUGGCUCCUCCCAUUAAAAGCAAUUUAGUAUGUAGCUUUGGGCAGGCUCCCUUUUCUUCUUCUGCCCUCCCACUCCUUGCUUGCCUAGGCAAUGUGCGCCAUUGAUGGAGUUUCUCUGUUUCUCUGUAGUUCCUCUCUUUGGACGACAUCCGCGAUACCAGCAGAGCAAGCAAUGACAUGAGGGGAAACCAGAGACAUAGUGUGAGUAGCCUCUACUUUUCCCAUUUUUGAUGUCUGAAGAUGAAUGGAAUGGGAGGGGUCAGGAAUUCAAGGGGGGUAUGUUGAGCUUCAUACAAGUUUGACCCCCCCGCCCCGCCCCACUGCUGAAAUUGUGAAUUUGGCCACAAGUAGCUCAGUGUGUGUCAUAACACAUCUAAGUUUAACAUGGGGAACUGUGGUUUGGGUAUUGGAAGAUGUAAUGAUUACCGUAUUUUUUGCUCUAUAAGACUCACUUUUUCCCUCCUAAAAAGUAAGGGGAAAUGUGUGUGCGUCUUAUGGAGCGAAUGCAGGCUGCGCAGCUAUCACAGAAGCCAGAACAGCAAGAGGAAUUGCUGCUUUCACUGCGCAGCGAUCCCUCUUGCUGUUCUGGCUUCUGAGAUUCAGAAUAUUUUUUUUCUUGUUUUCCUCCUCCAAAAACUUGGUGCGUCUUGUGGUCUGGUGCGUCUUAUAGAGCGAAAAAUACGGUAAUUAAGAGAGGGAGAGGCUGAAAACAGCUCCAUCUAUCUCAACAACCCCUCUUAAAGCCAGCUUUGAGAAAAAAAUCUUAAAGCUAUUUACCACACAUUCAAACAUCAAAUAAAACAAUCUAGAACAAAGCAUUACUGAAGAAAGUCAGAUGUAAAGUAGAUAUCCAAAGCAAAGUAAUUAACAGGAAAUUAAUAUUAUCUUAAAAGGUUUCAAAGUAAAGCGUUGCAAAGAAGGUCAACUACAGAAUGCACCUUGAGCACAGCAAAGUUCAAGAAAUAAUUGCCUUGAAUUCAUUUCAAAAGAAAACAUUACUAAAAAAUGUCAAAUACUAAGUGCACAUUUCAAAUGGCAUAAUUAUCAAGAGAAUAAAAUAUUAUAAGCAUAGAGCAUAACUGCUGCUUUUGCUGCCAGUUCUGCCAAUGGUGGUUCAUGGCCAGCGGCAGCUGUGGAAGCUCAGAUUCGAUGACCUGGGUCUUCUCCAAGAGGCAGCCAAGAUGGUCUCUGGCCUCUUCAGCAGCAUUGACUUUUUGUAGCUGGAGUCAGUCCAGGCCCCACCCUCCCAGGCCAGAUGGGAGGAAGCCUGCAGGGCAGGGAGCAGAUCUUCCAGGGCUCCCAGCCAAGGUGAUGAAACUGAAGCAAUGGGAAGCUGGCUCAUACUGAGUCAGGCCUUUGGUGCAUUUAAGAGAGUUUUUGUCUACGCUGACAGAUAGUGAUCCUCCAGGGUUCAGACCAGGGACAUUCCUGGCCUUGCUUGGAGAUGCUGUGGAUCGCUUGGAGGACCUGUUGCAUCCAAGGCAUGGCCUACAGCCCCCCCCCAAGUCCCUUGCUCAUAGAUGUUUGUGGCCAUUGAAAUAUCACAUUGCUGUGAGUUCCAGACUGAGAACUGUUGCUUCGUGGUUGGCACAAGACGUCAGGUCAGCCGCUCUUGGAAACAGCAUUCUUCCUACGUUCUUGUGCUUUCGACCUUCCGAGUCCAGCUCUGUCGUCUUUCUGUCACACUCCUGUUCCCCUAAGCCAGAAAGCCCUGCUUGUUUAUGCCUCCUUUAAUCGGCAAGCGGACCCAUCCAAUUUCCCCUUUCCUGGAAGCUCAACAACAGCACUGCGUGUUCUUCCCCCACCCUCCACUGUUCGAGAAGGGCUGUGGCUCAAUAGCAGAACAUCUCUUUUAUGUGGAUUAAGGGUAAAGAUAUAACUUAGGGAUAGAGGGCUUUAUACUUUCCUUUCUUCAUUUCAUUCCUUUUCUUUUUUAUGCUCUUCCAUUUCUAUCUUCCCACUCUAUUUUGCUUUUAUUGUACUCUAUGUUGAAAACUUUUAAUGGAAAGGGUUAUUUAAAAAAACAGCAGAGCAUCUAUUUUGCUAGUAGGGCGGGGUAAGACUCUGAAACUCUGUACAGUGGUACCUUGGUUCUCAAUCCGUUCCAGAAGUCCGUUCCAAAACCAAAGCGUUCCAAAACCAAGACACACUUUCCCAUAGAAAGUAAUGCAAAACGGAUUAAUCCCUUCCAGAUUUUUAAAAACGACCCCUAAAACAGCAGUUUAAAAUGAGUUUUACUAACGAGACCAUUGAUCCAUAAAAUGAAAGCAAUAAUCAAUGUUCUGUACUAUAAAAUACAUAAAGACAGUAUUCUAGAUGAUAAAGAUUAAAAUUAUUUUUUUCUUACCUGCACUGAUGAUGAUCGUUGUUUGGAUGGGGGGCUUUUAUCCAUUUCCGCAGUCACACAAUCUAUCAGUCAGUAGCUGAACUGGGCUCCACACAGUCACAAAAAUAAAUUAACCGAAAAAGCCUCAAAAACAAAAAUGCAAAAUAAAUAGCAAAAACAGAAGCGCCAAACUUAAUCUGUUCCGGAACUCCAUUUGACUUCCAAAAUGCUCAAAAACCAAGGCGCAGCUUCUGAUUGGUGCAGGUGCCCCGGAAACAAUAGCCGACAGCCGCAUCAGACGUUGGGCUUCCGAAAAGCGUUCAAAAACUGGAACACUUACUUCUGUGUUUUCACUGUUUGAGUACUAAGCCGUUUGAGAACCAAGGUACCUACUGUAUUGCUGCUUCCAGCCAGCGUGAGCAAAACUGCACUAGAUGGGCCCAAAUGAUCUAGCACAAAGCAAGGCUGCUUCCUGUCUUCCUGUGAUCCCUUUACCACAACUCCCACCUAGAAAAACAGGGCACCGCCAGCAGCUGAAGAGGAACACUCAGUUGAAGGGAAGCUCAACAGCUCUCUAGCCUGAGAUGGCCGAGUCUCCAGGAGGCCAUAGGUGCUCAGCACCCCUCCUGACCCAGAGGACGACCCCCACCGCCCCUCUCCCUAGACACGUUGGAACUCGCUUCCUUAUCUUUCCAGGCGAACGGCAUUGUCCCCUUGACUCCAAUGGCCCUGGUUCCACCAGAUGACGCAGAAAAGACGGACAAUCCCCUCUUCAGGUAAGGAUCCCCCGCCCCAACCUUUAAUUUUCCUACUCAGGGGAUUAUCAAUGCGCUCUGGGGGAGGCGUGCCUUCUCAUGCUGCCCAGCUCUCUAGGGCUUGUCAGGAGUUCAGCCUACACACGAGUAGGAUCCUGGUAGAGACACCUGCCCGACUGGCAUGUUCCCUCCCUCCUGGUCAAUCGUUUGGGAGCUUCACAAUCUUUCUUCAGCCCGAACAUCACAGCGACCGAUGCCAGCAGACACCGGCACACUUAGGGAUCCACAGAGUUUGUGCAAGUUGCCUAACAGACCUCAGCAACUCAGCAUUUUGGCUAAUCGGCUUUAUUUACAUAUAAACACACACGGAGCACUGCAACAUGGCUCCCUCUCUCUCUAGCAUCACACAGCAAAGAGAAAGAACAAAGGACAAUGGUCCCACUUCACGGAACACAGGAACACAAACAUCCUGUCUCCAUCACUUCCCACUCUGGAGUCAAAACAUACACCGUCAUGUGAAAGACAACAAUCCCAUGACUGCAAACGUGGAGCAGGAAUUCUAACAGCCUACAGACUGAAGGGGUCACUGUGUUUCCUUGCAGCCAGAAGGGGGAGAAGUUGGCGAGCCGGAAGGAUUUUCACAUGAACAUCUGCACUCCUCAAAUCACCGGCAGGCUGGAGCUGGUGGGGCUCUCACCGAUACAGGACAGGAACUGGGACCGGGGGAUUGGCUCUAUAGGUAGGGGCCGGCGCACGGCACUUCUCUCUCCCCUCUUGCUCCCUUGGAGGGGGGAUGUUAAGAGCGUAAGAAGGGGCCACAUGCUUUGGUGUCGUUAGGGGGAUGUUGCUGCCAUGCUCUAGGGUGGCCCUCUCAGUCUCCUCUCCUUCCCCUAUAGGUGUGCAGGGCCUUCUUCCAGCAGGCUCCACGCCCAUGGACGUCUGCGGGUUCCGGACGCCUGUCGCUGCGCUGAACUUCUCUGAAGAAAGCGGUGAGUUGCGCCUGGCAAGACAAAUGUCAAAAGAUUUUGAAUAAGUGGACAAGUUAUAGGAAUUGGAUAGCAUGGGGGGAAGCCAACCCAAACAUCCAAAUUAGAAUGAAUAAUCUGUGCACAUGGUUAGAAGAGAAAACAAUUUUUGGGGGGGAGGGAUCAAGAGGAAGGGGGGGAAAGUUAGGAUAAAUGAGUAGGGACAAAAGUAUAUACUGUUAGGCAUAGCUAACAGGAGGAUGAUUUUGAUGCAGGUUAUUGUUAGACUUGCGACUGAAUGGUUUUUUUGUAAGUUAUUCGAAGUGCCUGGAUGAAAGUGUGAUUAUAAAGAAUGGGGCGGGGAGGGGAGUUGCGCCUGGCUUUCUGGAGGCGACUGAGGGCAUCUGAAAAAUAAGAGCCCGUAUUGGAGAUGCUUAAAAAGAGGUUCCUAGACUGGAACUAUUCCUCCCAGAAACCCAAAAGAAAAGGGCGCAUGCUCCAAGCGAGAGUCCUUCAUUGAAAUACAAAUUCUCAAAGGGACAGCCUCAGAAAUAAGGAGGACUCUGCAGGGUUCCGCAUCCAAAGCCAUGUUUUUUGUACACUUCCAGAUUACAGACGCCAUUUCCUUUCCCCAAUCAAAGAAUCACAGCAAUCUUAUUAGUUGCAACCCAAAGUCAUCAUCCUGAACCAAUCUAAACCGUUUGGCUCUUCAGAUCAGCCCUCAUCAUAAUAUCAUGUGAUUACGUAUAACCAUUUUCUGCUGUCUUUCCUUAUUAAGACUUUGACAGAUUUUCCUGUUCGUUAAGUCUUCCAAUGUCCCCUUUCAUCUGUCUACAAAACAAUUGAAGAUUGACUGCAAUUGCCAUGCCUAGCUGAUUCUCUUUUCAUGCAUAUACAAUGGCCACAAUGGAUUCUAACAGUUUACUCUUUCAUAGGUACCACGUACAGUACCUAAAAGCAUCUAGUUCUGUACUGUAUAAGACAGGUACAGGCCUUUUCAGUUUAGCUAGGAAAUAGACUCAAAACGGAACAAUCAAAAUGCAGUUUUAUGAAAUCAUUACUUUCUCCAACACCUGCUGGGUCAGGCCAAUGACCUCGUUCAGCCUCCUGUUCACAGUGGCAAACCGGGUGCCCCCAAGGGAAACCUGAAAGCAGACCCAAGCGCAAGAGUCCUCUCCCCUCCUGUGCCUUCCGUCAACUGGAAUUCAGAAGCAUCGCUGCCUCUGGUUGUGAGGGCAGAGCAGAGCCAUAAAUGGCUAGUAGUAAUAAUAAUAAUUUAUUUAUACCCCGCCCUUCCCGGUUCAGAAAACCGGGCUCAGGGCGGCUAACAACAAAUUUAAAGCACUUAAUUGAUGCAGCAAAAAACAGCAUAAAAUACAGCAUAAAGCACGAAUAACAAUAAAUUCAGAAUUCAAAAAUCAAUUCAGGGGGGAAAUCCAUCCAAUAAACAUUAGAUGAUCACCAGGGCUAGCUGGCCAAAUUAGUCCUCUUUGGGCAAGCGAGGAGACCAGGGAGAAUGAGCUGUGGGAUCCCAGAGCGGGUGAUCUUCAUAAAAAGAGGAGAGGGAGGGAAGGAAGGGGAAUAGAAGAUGAGGCUAAGUUCAAAUUGAAAGCCAGGCGGAAUAGCUCUGUCUUACAGGCCCGAUGCAAGGAGGUUAAAUCCCGCAGGGCCCUGGUCUCCUGGGACAGAGCAUUCCACCAGGUCGGAGCCAUCACUGAGAAGGCCCUGGCCCUGGUGGAGGAUAGUCUGACUUCCUUAGGGCCCAGGACCUCUAAACUAGGGUUAUUCAUGGACCUUAAGGUCCUCUGCAGGGCAGACCAGGAGAGGCCGUCCUGUAAAUACGAGGGCCCUAAGCCACCCGUGGUCCUCUCCUCCAAGAAUUUCUCCAAUCCAUUUUUUAAGCCCUCCAGGAUGUUGGCCAUCAUGGGGGAGGGAGUUCCACCGUUUAACUUCCUUUCCCAAGGAAAGCAGGGAGCUUCGCGUCGAGAGCGCAGCCCAUUCCACGGCCGCUGCUGUUUUGCCGGGCCAGAAGAUCACCUCCCUCCUCUUCUGUUCUCCCUGAAGCAGGUGCAGCAGCGCCCAUCUGUGACGAUAACGACGACUGCGACAACUUCCUGCCAGCGCUUCCCGAAGAUGUCCUGGAUGGCUCGCCAGCUCGGGAGGAGGAGGUCCAUGUUGAGCAUCAGAUGGUAUUUGGCAGGACGAGGGGAGGAGGAGAGCGGGAGGUUGCCUAGGCAUGGAGACAAACCCCUAACAAUCUUUUUCCUCUGCCUUCUAGAGCAUCCCUCAGAGGAAAGGCUACAUGCUGCGAGAGAGAGGCCCUGCCCCGGAUGCCUGCGUCAAGGUCAGGGGAACGAAAUGCCCCAGCCUUGCGUCAUGAGAAAUGCAAUAAUAUCAGCAAACAAACUUGGGCAGAGGGUUGUCUUUGCGCAAACCCCUCAGUAAUAAUAAUAAUAAAUUUAUUAUUUAUACCGCGACCAUCUGGCUGGGCUUCCCCAGCCACUCUGGGCAGCUUCCAACAAAAUAUUAAAAUACAGUAAUGGAUCAAACAUUAAGAGCUUCCCUAAAAAGCGCUGCCUUCAGAUGUCUUUUUAGCUGGGUUAUCUCAUACGGUGAAAAUUUGUCCAAUGCCCUGCAUGUGCCAGAGGAAAUCGGAACGUGGGCUUAGCCACAAUUGUUUUGCGCCUGCCGGCACAAACAUUACAAGUGCUGUGAUGCCACUUUUCACAGCAAUUGGCACUCCCCCACUCAAAUAAUCCUGGGAACUGUAGUGUGUUGAGGGUGCUGAAAGUCAUUAGGAAAUCCCUCCCUAUUCCCCCUCUCACUGCUACAGUCCCAGUGUAUCAAUUGAUCCAUCCUACACAGGGAACUCUGGGGGAUUAUAGCUGUGGGAGGGGAAGAAGGAGUCUCCUAACAGCUCUCAGCACCCUGAACAAACUACAGUUCCCAGAAUCUUUAUUAUAUAUUAUUUUGGAGGGGGAUCCCUGAUGUUUCAAAUAGAGCUUUAACUUGGGGAGCUUACUGCUGCUAGAUGUUUUGACGGCCCGGAGGCUUCGAUGGGGUGAACGAAACACUGAACAGAUUCAUGCAGGAGGAGGAGGAGUCUGUCAGUAGCUAUGAGUUAUGGCAGCUAAGUGGAGCCUCCAGGCGCAGUGGAAGUAUACCCCUGUAUACCUGAUGCUGGGGACAAGCGAUGAGGCACUGCAUAUGUGGGUACUAGAUAAGAUGAGCCAUUGGUCUGCUCCAGAGUUGGCUAUUCUUGUCAUCUCUCCUUUGUGUGUGUGUGUGCGCAGUGAGACAGUCUGAAUCUCGUUCCAACUUCUUGUCCUACAUUACAAGGCCAGGCUGCAGCCUUAUAAACGAAUGCCGCAGCUGAGCCCUGGCCGAGACCCACAACACCAACUACUACUACUACUACUACUACUACUAAUAAUAAUAAUUAGUUACGCCUCGCUCUUCCCGGCCAGAGCCAGGCUCAGGGCGGCUAACACCAAUAAAAUCACAGUAAAAACAUAAUAGGGGGAAAAGAGAAGGGGGGGACCCAAUUUAAAAUACGGGUUAAAAUGCAAUUUAAAAUGAAGCCUCAUUUUAAAGUAGCCGAUAAAUCAAGUCCAUAAGGGGAGGGAAACGUAAGGGUCAGACUGAGUCCGAGCCAAAGGCCAGACGGAACAGCUCUGCCUUGCAGGCCCUGCGGAAAGAUGUCAAGUCCCGCAGGGCCCUGGUCUCUUGUGACAGAGCUUUCUACCAAGUCGGGGCCAGUGCUGAAAAGGCCCUGGCCCUAGUUGCAACCAAUCUAACCACCUUGCGAACUGGGACCUCCAAAGUGUUGCUAUUUAUGGACCUUGAGGCUCUCCGUGGGGCAUACCGGGAGAGGCGGUCCCGUAGGUACAAGGGUCCUAGGCCACAUAGGGCUUUAAAGGUCAAAACCAGCACCUUAAACCUGACCCUGUGCUCCACCGGGAGCCAGUGCAGCUGGUAAAGCACCGGAUGAAUGUGAUCCCGCGGCAAGGAUCCCAUAAGGAGCCUCGCUGCGGCAUUCUCCACCUGCUAGAGUUUGUGCCUCUGUUUCUCUUCCAGGAGAUGCUGGACCCCUGGCGCAGCCUGGACCCCUUCAGCUCCUCCGAUGAUAAACCCCUGAGGAAAGGUAUCUGGAGAGGGAGAGGGAGGCUGGGUGGGUUGGCUGGCUGGCUCCAGGGUGGAUUUGAUUUAAAUCACGCUUUAAAUCACUAGUCAGUAAGACUUGAUUUAAACCACUAGUCAGUAAGACUUGAUUUGAAUCAUUUCUUUUACAGAAUGUCUCAUUCUGGCUGGUAUCAUCUUAAUAUUGACAACCAGAUGAAGGUUUCGUUUUUGGAAUAAUAAAUUUUCAGAGUAGUUUUUACAGUUAUAUCAAAAAUUACUGAUAUGGUUCUACUACUGGAAACACAUGGACAGAUAAUUAUGGAAUUAUUGUUUAUAUUUGGACAACUUUUCUGCUGUACUUUAUUGGAAAGAAAAAAAUAAUCAUUUCCUUAAUAACAAUUUAAACAGUUUAUUUAACCAACACAGUAACAUCGUAGCAUAUGCAUCCAUGUUUGUUAUCUGAUGUGGUUAAAUAUUUUUUAAAAUAAAACUUAGGCUGAGUUUUAGCACACAUGAAAAACUUAAAACAAAUCCUUAUUUCCUGAUUAUAGCCUUUGGACUAUAAUGUAACUUAAACAGAAAACUAUCUUUAGGAAGAUUUUUCUUCCAAAAGCAUUUUAUUUUAAAAAUCCAAGUUAAAUAAAAAAUUACAAAUUUGUAUAUUUAUUUAUUUUUAAAUCAUUGAUUUUUAUCCACCCUGCCUGGCUGGCUGCUGCAGAACCCUCCCUGGUAACCCACCUCCCGAAAAACCAUCAGUUAGACCCAAAUGGGCUGUGAGGAGAGAUUUGUCCCCUGAGGUUUCCUUAAGAAAACUUAUUCCAUAGAAUCAUCGAGUUGGGAGGAAUCCCAGGAGUCUUCUAGUCUGACCCCCUACAAUGCAGGAGUCGCAACUCAAGAAUCCCUGACAGAGGGCCAUCUAACUGCUGCUUAAAAACCUUCAAUGAAGGAGAGUCCACUUUUUGUAGCAGGAAGUGUUAGAAACUCAGAUAUACAGUGGCACCUUGGAAGUCGAACGGAAUCCGUUCUGGAAGUCUGUUUGACUUCCAAAACGUUCAGGAACCAAGGCAUGGCUUCCGAUUGGCUGCAGGAAGCUACUGCGGAUGUUGUGUCGGACGUUUGAAAACCAGAACAAUCACUUCCAGUUUUUGAUCGUUUGGGAGCCAAAACAUUCAACUCCUCUAAGGCGUUUGCAAACCAAGGUACGACUGCAUGCUCCAAAUGGCUCCUUAAACCAGGGUUACCGUCGCCAGAACAGAAUUCCUUGUUGCCAUUUGAGGGCCAGACAGCUCAAAAGUCCAUUUUUCAACACGACUUUUUGGUUCCUGAAAUUCGUUCUGAUUGUGCAGAUAAAAUAUAACGGAUAGCAUUUGAGAGGAUGUGGUAUUACUGUGUGAAAAGGUCCAGAUCCAAGGAUCCCCAGGCAUACACUUCCAGGUGGUGGAGACAUCAGGCACCGUCCUGCCCCCCCGGGCAUCUUCACUUGGUCCCAAAGGCCAACAGCUGGGUGCAAAAUGUGCCUGGCAAAUUUUGAACGCUGGUGGCACAUGACAGCCUUUGGCCGUUAUCUUGGUCCCAUUGUGGGACGCAACAGAUACUGGAAAGGGACGGAAAACCGGGAAAGCGUUAGACCAGGCUUCCUCAACCUCGGCCCUCCAGAUGUUUUGAGACUACAAUUCCCAUCGUCCUUGACCACUGGUCCUGCUAGCUAGGGAUCAUGGGAGUUGUAGUCCAAAAACAUCUGGAGGGCCGAGGUUGAGGAAGCCUGUGUUAGAAGCUUAUAAAGUGUGAAACGUAACAGUGAGAGGGGAGUCUUGACUGUUGACUGCUAGUGGUUUUUUGGGGGACUGGGAGGACCUCCGUUUCUGCCCCUGUGACCCGAUGUAGGAGGGCAGCCCCUUCCGCUUCUCUCUCUUUAGGCAAGCCGUUCACGGUGCCACAUGCCCUGGAGAACUUGCCUGGCACCAAGAGGAAGAGGAGGCUGCCCAGCAAGCUGCAGGAAUUCACGGCCUGGUUUUCAGCCACAGGUGAGUACAAUGGGGCGCGAGCGUGGGGCUGCUGUGGGACGUGACCUUGCCACCUCAAGGCUGAGGGAGCCCUUAGCUUGCUGUAUCCAAGAAGUCUCUGUUUCAUGAACGCAGCUUGUCCUCUGCUGUGGAUCCACCCCUGUGCCCCCCACCAAGUCGGUCAGAGGGUGCUGCUUCUGGUAAGGCCUAAGAAACGAAGAGGAGCUCGCUAGAUCAGCCCAGCUUCCUGAGCACAAGAGCUCUCUCGCGUGGCUUCAAGUAAUGGUUAUUUAGUCGCAUCCGGUUCUAGCUCUUCUUAGCCGUCUUCUUUGGUGAUCUCUCAUAGCCAAGUAAGAUUGUCUUCCACAAACACAGUCUUAACAGUGAGUCCGUAAGUGACUGUGGAGGCCAAUUCUGGAUCCACAUGUCCUUCCACAGUGGGGACAUAGGUUUCCAGGCGGGAGUUGAUCCAGGUGAGGGUUUGCCAAGUGUGCCUUCCUCUUAGCACAUUUCUCCCUUGCGUCCUGAGUUCGAGUGUCUUCAAAGCCCAUGACACCUUUGGUCACGGCCGUUCUCCAACUGGAGCGCUCGUAGGCCACUGUUUCCCAGUUGUGAGUGUUCCUACUACAUUUUUUUUAUAUUUGCCUUGAGAUGGUCUUUAAACCUCUUUUGUUGACCACCAGCAUUACGCUUUCCAUUUUUAAGCUCUGAAGAGAGUAGUUGCUUUGGAAGACGAUCAUCAGGCAUCCGCAUAACAUGACCAGUCCAACAAAGCCGAUGUUGAAGAAUCAUUGCUUUGACACGGGUGAUCUUUGCUUCUUCCAGUACACUGGCAUUAGUUCACUUGUCUUAGUAUUCACCGCUCAUUCUUAGCAUUCACCACUGUUGGCAGUUCAUAGGGGAAGGGUCGUCGCUUUGCAAGCAGAGCAUCUCGGUUGAAUCCCCAGGUAGGACUACGAGGAACUCCUUUCCUGAGGCCCUAAAGAGCCGCUGCCAGUGUUGUCAACACCAAGAGAGGCAGACCAAGGGUUGGACUUGGAAGUUUCAUCACAACUGAGCAACAUACAGAUUCUAUUAAAUAAUAAUGAUGGUGAUAAUAAUAAUAAUUUUUUAUUUAUACCCUGUCCUCCCCGGCCAGAGCCGGGCUCAGGGCGGCUAACACCAGUAAAAUUACAAUAAAAACAUUAUAGGGGGGUGGGGAAGAAAAAAGAAAAACCGAUUUAAAAUACAGCCUCAUUUUAAUAGUAGCCCAUAGAUCAAAACCGUAAGGGGAGGGAAACAUAAGGGUCAGACUGAGUCCAACACGAAGGCCAGUCGGAACAGCUCUGUCUUGCAGGCCCUGCAGAAAAAUGUCAAGUCCCGCAGGGCCCUAGUCUCUUGUGGCAGUGCGUUCCACCAAGUCGGGGCCAGAACCUGCCCUAGUUGAGACCAAUUUAACCACCUUGCGACCUGGGACCUCCAAGGUGUUGUCAUUUUUGGACCUUAAGGUCCUCCGCGGGGCAUACCAGGAGAGGCGGUCCCAUAGGUAUGAGGGUCCUAGGCCCUAUAGGGCUUUAAAAGGUCAAAACCAGCAUCUUAAACCUGACCCUAUACUCCACCAGGAGCCAGUGCAGUUGGUAAAGCACUGGAUGAAUGUGAUCCCAUGGCAGGGACCCCGUUAGGAGCCUCGCCGCGGCAUUCUGCACCCGCUGGAGUUUCUGGGUCAGCUUCAAGGGAGGCCCCGCAUAGAGCGAGUUACAAUAAUCAAGCCUGGAGGUGACCGUUUCAUGGAUCACUGUGGCCAGGUCGGGGCGGGAAAGGCAAGGGACCAGCUGCUUAGCAUGGCGAAGGUGGAAGAAUGCCAGGUUCUUGCAUAGCAUCGUCUUGCCCUUUGACCUGACGCUUUGCCUGGCCUUGGAAGCGCCUUGCCACUUUGAAGAGGGAGGGAGGGAGCAAGGAGGGCCGCUUUGCCAGAGAACCUCUGCCGUCUCCCUCUGAGCAUGUGCUUCUUCUCUCCCCAGAGCACCACAGAGCUGGCAACCAAAGAAGCAGGAAGAAAGGCCCAGUGUUCCCUGGUGAGUGGGUGCAACUCGUGGGAAGGUCACUGUCCUGGGUCCUUUGUCGGUUUGCCUUCCCCUCUUCGUUAGUUUGCUUAUGCUUGACUUUGCGUUUAAUACGAAACAAACAAAGCUGCAGGGAGCAAGUUAGAAAUAUCAAAGCAGUCUUCAUUUCUUUGGGCCCCACUCUGGGCAUCUUCCAGAUGCCUCUCCUUCAGGGAGUCCAAUUUACAGUCUUUGGGCGUUGCUCUCAUACAAUCCUAGGGUUGGAAAGGACCCCCUAGGGGUCAUCUAGUCCAACCCCCUGCAACGCAGGAAUCGCAGCUAAAGGAUCCCUGACAGGUGGCCACCCGACCUCUGCUUAAAAACCUCCCACAAAGGAGAGUCCACCACUGUCAGAGGUUUUCCAUUCCUCUGUCAAAUGGCUCUCACCAUCAGAAGAUUCUUCCUAAAGUUUCUUGUCAUGUGACUCCAUUGGUUUCUUGUCAUGUGACUCCAUUGGUUUGGGUGCUCCCCUCUAGCUCUCAUGCGACCUCAGUAUUAAACUCUCCUUGGGGUGGGUGCAUAAUUUCCUUGCACGCACACACAUGGUAUCUGAGGGUUAGUCGGAUCCCAGCUGUUGCCUUGUAGCCUGUGGGACACCAACUGCCCAUUCAUACUAAUAAAACCUGCACAUGUUCCCACAUGGGCGGGCAGGUGUCUCGGGACCCUGCCACAGCCACUGAGCAUCUUUUCGGCACCAAAAUGUGCACAAAACGUAGAAGCAGCAAUGGAGCCCCUCUCCAGAGAGCUUGAAAAUAGACGUGACUACAGAUUUCAUCAUCCUUGACCCUUGGCCAUACAGCCUGCUGGGAGUUGGAGUCCCACAACAUCUGGGACAGGAAUCGCCGUUUCUCUGUCGAGGGCAGUGGGAGAUGGUUGGGUGUUGGGGGUAUAGACCAGGGGUAGGCAACCUAAGGCCCGGGGGCGGAUCCGGCCCAAUUGCCUUCUAAAUCCGGCCCGCGGACAGUCUGGGAAUCAGGGUGUUUUUACAUGAGUAGAAUGUGUGUUUUUAUUUCAAAUGCAUCUCUGGGUUAUUUGUGGGGCCUGCCUGGUGUUUUUACAUGAGUAGAUUGUGUGCUUUUAUUUAAAAUGCAUCUCUGGAUUAUUUGUGGGGCAUAGGAAUUUGUUCUUUCCCCCCCUAAAAUAUAGUUCGGGCCCCCCCACAAGGUCUGAGGGACAGUGGACCGGCCCACGGCUGAAAAAGGUUGCUGACCCCUGGUAUAGACAGUUGAAAAGAGAGCUAAGCUGAAGCCAAGCUGGGUUGGGGAGGAUUUGAGAAGGGAUUUUGGAGUCAGCCACGUAAGAAUCCGGGGCAGGGAGCUGAGGAGCAGCAAAGCAAGUUCUGCAGAAGAAGGGCUGGAUGGAGAGUGGCUUUUCGCUGCUCCUUGCAAAGCUGCUUCCCAGAGCCUGGGAGCAGGAGAAGGGGAUUUGGGGAGGGGGAGAGAAGCUGGGCUUUGUCGAAGACCCUCUUCCUGAUCCUGUCAUUUCUGGACAGAUCUCGAAGUCCUCUACUUGAAUCAUGCGAAGGAGCGCUUGGCUGCCCAGAAGAAGCUGCAGAGGAUGAGGAUGGUGAGGAGAGAGACCUUUCAUUCAUUCGCUUUUGCUUAACUUCGCCACCCCUGAUUUCCUGCCAGUGCAGACAAGGCAGUUUACAAUCUGAUGAAACACAAUCUAAUAGGCACACGACUUGCAAGGAGAAAAGGGUGGCAGCUGGGAUCCCCGUAGAAGUGGUCCAGUUUGCUAGCAUCUCUGCACGAUCAAGUUUAUCUAGUGCUUUUUUCAUCAAGGUGGGACACACAUUGUUCUUGCCCUCCUCAUUUAAUAAUAAUAAAUUUUUAUUUGUACCCCGGCCAGAGCCGGGCUCAGAGCGGCUAACAUCAUAUAAAUAAUACAAUAUUCAGUCCCCACAACAACCCUGUGAGGUAGGUUAGGCUGAGAGAAGGCAGUGACAGGCCCCCGGGGUCACACAGUGAGCUUCACGGCUGAGUGGGGGGGGGAUUUGAACCCAGGUCCCAGCCUGACACCAACCACUACACCACCGCUUCUGUAGUGCAUAAAUUUGAUGCAAGAUACUUGGUGCUCUUCUUGCAAGAGGAGCCCUGGUGCUCUGGCAAAAGGAAUCUCUGCCCAGUGCCCUCCUGCCUCUCAUCCCGGGUUUUGGAGACGCUUGUGAGGCUCGCUAGAGCCCUCUAAGGCCCAGGCUGAGAAGAGGAGCUACUGUCCCUUGUAAAGGGACCCCUGACCAUUAGGUCCAGUCGCGGAUGACUCUGGGGUUGCGGCGCUCAUCUCGCUUUAUUGGCCGAGGGAGCCGGCGUACAGCAUGUGGCCAGCAUGACUGAGCCGCUUCUGGCGAACCAGAGCAGCGCACGGAAAUGCCAUUUACCUUUCCGCCGGAGGGGUACCUAUUUAACUACUUGCACUUUGACGUGCUUUCGUACUGCUAGGUUGGCAGGAACAGGGACCGAGCAACGGGAGCUCUCCUCGUCGCGGGGAUUCGAACCGCCGACCUUCUGAUCGGCAAGCCCUAGGCUCUGUGGUUUAACCCACACGCCACCCACGUCCCUCAGGACCCAGGAGACCUGGGUUCAAAUCCUCAACUCAGCCAUGAAACCCACUGGGUGAUUUUGGCCUGAUCACUGCCUGUAUCAGCCUAACUUACCUCACAGGGUUGUUGUUGGGGAUUAAAUGGGGGGGGGGGGAGAGAGAACUGUGUGUGCCACCUUGAAAUAAAAAAAUCAGAUAUAACCGCAACAAAUGAAUGACUAGAGUAAGGCUGCUCCCACCUGAGAAGGCAAGCCUUGCUCAAAACCUCAUGAAAAGUGAGUGACCCUGAGUGAGAACAGGGUGGCAAAAACAGGCCUGGUUUUUGUUUUUAUCUUUCCCCCUGAAGCAAGAUGCGCAGCUGGCCAAUCGGUUAGAGGAGCCCGAAGCCCUGGAGGAGGAAGAGGAGCAUGACGACGACAAUGACGCCAUGGGCGAUAUGGAUGUCGGAGGAGCAGGUUUGUCCACAGUUUCUGGGCUGAGCUCUAGGAAUCUCUUGGACCUCUCCCCCAAAACCAGGGCCUCCAUUUUCAGCCCAGAAUUGGCCGUUGCAAUGGGGGGGCCAUACGAUGCUCCUUCCACACAGGUCCCCCACCCCUGGUUUAAAGCAACCAGUGGGGCAAAGGAACCACAUUUCUGGAUGCCAAUUCAUCCAAUCUCGGUGCCCAUUUGCCCACAGUCUUUGUGCUCAAGCCUUUCCCCAAACGCUCCCUCCGUCACACUUGGCUCGACCGCCACCUUUCUCUGUCCACAGAUGACUUUCUGGAGCACGAAGACGCCCCCCAGGGUGAAGCCGCAGAGGAGGCACCAGUUGGCCUGAUAGGUAACAAUUGGCAGGCCGCGUUAGCUGGGCUGGGGGCUGGGCUGUAGGAAUAGCUGGAAGCUGGUCAGUUAACCCACAACCCAAUGUGGAGCAAUGGGGGGGGGGGCAAAUCUUGGGUUCAGCACUGUGCAACUGAUAAUAAUAGUAAGAAGAAGAAGAUAUAUCCAGCCCAUCUAGCUGGGUUUCCCCAGCCGCUCUGGGCAGCUUCCAACAGAACACUAAAAUACAAUAACCUAUUAAACAUUAAAAGCUUCCCUAAACAGGGCUGCCUUCAGAUGUCUUCUAAAAGUUUGGUAGUUAUUUUUCUACAAACAAAAAACUCUAAAAAUUACAAACACAUCAAAAUCAAACAAAUCCCCGAACCCAACCAAAUAUCCAUCCCACUGCCACCCCCACACAAAAAAUCAAAAGGGAAAAAAGAACAUUUUAAAAAGAGCUCUGCGCCGCUCCGAGUCCUCCUGGGCAGCAACAGCAGCAGUGGCAACCAUCCUUAUGAGGCCUGUCAGGCCCCACUCUGGGCCAGGUGAGUUAUUGGUGUUAUUUCUGUUAUUUGUGCCAAAGAGCCCUGUGGGGCAUAGCCGAAUAAUUUGGCUGCUUUGCACAACUUACAGCUGCGGGUUGAGAAAGAUACCUAAUGAAUAUUUCAUAGAAUCCUAGAGUUGGAAGAGACCACAAGGGCCAUCGAGUCCAACCCCCUGCCAAGCAGGAAACACCAUCAGAGCACUCCUGACAUAUGGUUGUCAAGCCUCUGCUUAAAGACCUCCAAAGAAGGAGACUCCACCACACUCCUUGGCAGCAAAUUCCACUGUCGAACAGCUCUUACUGUCAGGAAGUUCUUCCUAAUGUUUAGGCGGAAUCUUCUUUAUUGUAGUUUGGAUCCAUUGCUCCGUGUCCGCUUCUCUGGAGCAGCAGAAAACAACCUUUCUCCCUCCUCUAUGUGACAUCCUUUUCUAUAUUUGAACAUGGCUAUCAUAUCACCCCUUAACCUCCUCUUCUCCAGGCUAAACAUGCCCAGCUCCCUUAGCCGUUCCUCAUAAGGCAUCGUUUCCAGGCCUUUGACCAUUUUGGUUGCCCUCCUCUGGACACGUUCCAGUUUGUCAGUGUCCUUCUUGAACUGUGGUGCCCAGAACUGGACACAGUACUCCAGGUGAGGUCGGACCAGAGCAGAAUACAGUGGCACUAUUACUUCCCUUGAUCUAGAUGCUAUACUCCUAUUGAUGCGGCCCAGAAUUGCAUUGGCUUUUUAGCUGCCGCGUCACACUGUUGGCUCAUGUCAAGUUUGUGGUCAACCAAGACUCCUAGAUCCUUUUCACAUGUACUGCUCUCAAGCCAGGUGUUCCCCAUCUUGUAUUUGUGCCUCUCAUUUUUUUUGCCCAAGUGCAAUACUUUACAUUUCUCCCUGUUAAAAUUCAUCUUGUUUGUUUUGGCCCAGUUCUCUAAUCUGUCAAGGUCGUUUUGAAGUGUGAUCCUGUCCUCUGGGGUGUUAGCCACCCCUCCCAGUUUGGUGUCAUCUGCAAAUUUGAUCAGGAUGCCCUUGAGUCCAUCAUCCAAGUCGUUGAUAAAGAUGUUGAAUAAGACCGGGCCCAAGACAGAACCCUGUGGCACCCCACUAGUCACUCUUCUCCAGGAUGAAGAGGAACCAUUGAUUUAUCCUGCACCAACUGGUGACCAGGGAAGCCUAGGCUUCGAAGUGUGUUGGGGGUACAGUGAGUGUGUGGCCCCAUCAAGAGAAGGCUCUGACCUGUGGUUGUUUGGAGACGAUGGAGGAAUGCAGGAGAGACAUGUUUUGUUGCAGCUGGGGCAGGUGAAGGCGUUCAGAUGCCCCAGGCUGUUUCUUCUCUCUGAGCUCCUCUCAGCCGUCAUUCCUCCUCUGGUCACUGCUAUGAAUGCACAACUUGUCUGCCUUCAGCAUAUGUGAAGGAGCAUCUCCACCCGCACCGUUCAGCCUGGACACUGAAGUCCAGCUCCGAAGGCCUUCUGGUGGUUCCCUCCCUCUGAGAAGCAAAGUUGCAGGGAACCAGGCAGAGGGCCUUCUCGGUGGUGGCGCCCGCCCUGUGGAACGCCCUCCCGUCAGAUGUCAAGGAGAUAAACUACUAUCUGAGUUUUAGAAGACAUCUGAAGGCAGCCCUGUUUAGGGACGUUUUUGAUGUCUGACAUUUUAUUGUGUUUUUAAUAUUUUGUUGGAAGCUGCCCAGAGUGGCUUGGGAAACCCAGCCAGAUGGGCUGGGUAUAGAUAAUAAAUUAUGAUGAUGAUGAUGAUGAUGAUCCAGAUCCAGAUCCAGAGCACCUAUUUUGAACCCAAAAGGUCCCAGAUUUAAUCUCCAAGUGGGAGACUCCCUACCUGGGGAGCAGCUGCCAGUCAGUGCCCAGAGUAGCUGGGGAAACCCAGCCAGAUGCAUGGGGUAUAAAUUAUUAUUAUUAUUAUUAUUAUGCCUGUCUCCAGGCACUGUGGUUGUCUGCAAGGGACUUCCGCCUCUGGCCCCUGCAGCCGUUUCUGGGGUGCUUUUGGUGUUGUGGGAUGUAGGCAGGGCACUAAUCUGAGAUGUGUAGGAGAACCUCUUAAUUUCUGCAUUUGGUUACAGAUCUUGGUGACGUCUCCCCUGCCAUCAACUACGAGGAAUACGUGCAAAAAAAUGUGGUGCGUAUCAUGUGUGUGUUUGUCACGUGGCAUUUAGGUGCGUCCCAGGCAGCCACCCAUCAAAACACUGGCCAGACUCACACCUGAUUAUCUUACUUAGUGAGGUGAUGGUCUUGCCUGAUUUCAGAGCCAUGCCCUGGGGCCGCUCGGCCUCGCUGUGUAUCCCACCACUUGUUAUUGAAUUUAUAUCCCGCCUUUUCCUGUUCGUGGUUCUCCCUUUCUCCAUUUUAACUGUACAACAAUCCUGUUAGGUAGGCCAGGCCGUGAGAGAUUAUGGCUGGCCCAAGUCACCCAGUGAACUUCAUAGCUGACUUGAGAUUUGAGCCAUGGUGUCAGGCCCUAGUCCUAGACUCUAGCCGUGCCACACUAGCGCGUCUUAUUGCUUCCCCUGGGAUUUUUUUUAAAUUCAAGAUUUACUUCUUAAUAAAAUACAGUGGUACCUCGGGCUAAGUACUUAAUUCGUUCCGGAGGUCCGUACUUAACCUGAAACUGUUCUUAACCUGAAGCACCGCUUUAGCUAAUGGGGCCUCCUGCUGCCACCGCUCCGCCAGAGCACAAUUUCUGUUCUCAUCCUGAAGCAAAGUUCUUAACCUGAAGCACUAUUUCUGGGUUAGUGGAGUCUGUAACCUGAAGCCUAUGUAACCUGAAGCGUAUGUAACCCGAGGUACCACUGUAAAGCAAAGAUAAAGAAUUUGAGUAAAUACUCAGAAUGUUACAGCAGGUUGAAAGCAGCAUAAGGUUGAACAAUAUAAUUAAAUGUACUGUUUCAAAACAUUACAAAAAAGCCUGUUUUUCCAUAAAUAUUUUAGGCUGGUUUAUAUGUAUUCUUUUGUAAUAAGUUAGCUUUAAUCAUGGUUACUACGGACCCAAUUUUCUCAGUUCAUUUAGAAAUAGUAGGAUAUAUGUUCUUCUCCCCCCCCCCCCAUACACACUUUUAGCUAUUAUAAUAGCUAAGCAGGUUCCCAGUCUUUUUUGUUUUUGUUUCUUUUUAAAAUAAUUUUUAUUAAAGUUUCAAUCAAAAAUUGAACAGCAAAGAAAAAGAAAAAAACAUAAAAAAGAUACACAAAUACACAAUACAAAUCCCAGAAAGAAAAUAAAAAAAACACGAAGAGCAAGAAUCAACAAUAAAAAGAAACAUAACAAUUAAAAACAAUAUCUCUUUUCCAUUUCCGUUUUUGAAUUUACUUAUUUUCUGGACUUCCUCAUACCUCCCUCUUUUGUAUUCCAAUCCAAAUUGUUUGUCCAGCAAUUUCUUUUCCACUUUUUUAAUCCCAAUCUUUAAUUUUAAUAUAAUAUAUAACUUCAACUUCUUUAAACCUAAUCUUUGAUCUUAAUGUAAUAUAACAUUGAAAUUUUACCUCUUAAUUGUCAAAUUUCCAUUUCCUUAAACAUCUUUAAACCUAAUCUUUAAUCUUAGUCUAUCAUUAGCUUUAACCUGUACAGCUGGAAACCGCUUAUAAUCAGUCCAACAUCACUCUAACAUUCUUUAAUUUUGCAAUGUUUCUGAAGAUAGUCUUUGAAUUUCUUCCAAUCUUCCUCCACCAACUCUUCUCCCUGGUCACGGAUUCUACCAGUCAUUUCCGCCAGUUCCAUAUAGUCCAUUAAUUUCAUCUGCCAUUCCUCCAGCGUGGGAAGUUCUUGUGUCUUCCAAUACUUUGCGAUGAGUAUUCUUGCUGCUGUUGUUGCAUACAUAAAGAAAGUUCUAUCCUUUUUAACACCAUUUGGCCGACUAUGCCCAGGAGAAAGGCCUCUGGUUUCUUAGGGAAGGUAUAUUUAAAUACCUUUUUUUAAUUCAUUAUAUAUCAUUUCCCAGAAAGCCUUGAUCUUUGGGCACGUCCACCAAAGGUGAAAAAAUGUACCUUCAAUUUCUUUACAUUUCCAACAUUUGUUAUCGGGCAAAUGAUAAAUUUUUGUAAGCUUGACUGGGGUUAUGUACCACCUGUAUAUCAUUUUCAUAAUAUUCUCUCUUAAGGCAUUACAUGCCGUAAAUUUCAUACCUGUGGUCCACAACUGUUCCCAGUCAGCAAACAUAAUGUUAUGUCCAACGUCCUGUGCCCAUUUAAUCAUAGCCGAUUUUACCGUUUCAUCCUGAGUAUUCCAUUUCAGCAGCAAGUUAUACAUUCUUGACAAAUUCUUAGUUUUGGGUUCUAACAGUUCUGUUUCUGAUUUGGAUCUUUCCACCUGGAAGCCAAUUUUCUUGUCCAAUUUAAAUGCCUCCAUUAUCUGAAAAUAAUGAAGCCAGUCUCGCACUUUGUUUUUUUAAUUUUUCAAAACUCUGCAAUUUCAGUCUAUCUCCGUCUUGUUCCAAAAUUUCCCAAUAUUUCGGCCAUUUGACCUCCAUAUUGACCUUUCUCAAGGCUUUCGCUUCCAUUGGUGACAGCCGGUUCCCAGUCUUUUUUGAAGUCUCUGUUGUCCGUGUCUCUCUGAGUUUCCCGGUUAGCUUUGCCAGUUCAGCAUAUUCCAUCAGUUUUUCUUGCCAUUCUUCUUUGGCUGGUGUCUUCUCAUCGUUCCAUUUCUGGGCUAGUAAAAUCCUAGCUGCUGUUGUUGCGGGAAGCCUUAUUUCUGCCUCCCAUGCUGGGGACCCUUUGAGACAGGCAGCCAGAGCCCCGGCCAUCCAGGGGGCAGCUAUUGCCCAAGAUAGUCUUGGAUGAGAGGGCCUAGCAGUGGCAAGUGGCCACGAUAGUUUUAUGAGCCCUCCAUGUUCAGAUGCAGUCUACCCCUGAGGACAGGACAGGACAAAGUGUAUGGAAAGCAGUAUCUGGAAACAGCCUCUUUUGGGGGCGGGGCGUGAUGCUGCCCCACUUUCUGCUUCCCAUUUACUUUGCCUCUCCAGGAAGAAGAGAGGGCUUACUAAACGGGUUGUGUUCUGCUGACUUAUUAUGCAGUAGCAGUUUGGGAUUUUAAAAAAAAAUCAGAGUGGUUGGAUAAAAAAUGUCUGCCUUGCGCUAGCCCCCCAGCUCUGAGCAGUAGUUGGCCUUUGCGACCAGAGAGCUCCUUCAGAGCAGGAUCGCAACCUUCCGCAACUCUCAAAAGCAAGACUCUUGGUGAAGAUUUGACGUUUUCAUCCCCAAAAAGUUUUUGAUUUGAGUUUCUACUGAAAUGAGGCUGCAUUUUAAUCUUGUUUCUAAGUUGUAUUUUAAUCCAUUGUUUUUAUACCUGGUGUUAGCCGCCUUGAGCUGGAUCUUGGCUGGGGAGGGCGGGGUAUAAAUAAAAGUUAUUAUUACUUAUUAUUAUUUUUCUCUCCCCAGGAAGUGUUCAUCUCGCACUCCCAGAAAUACGCCCGAGAGACCGUUCUGUCCCGGCGCAUUCGGGACUGGGAGGAGAUGGUGGUCCCGAAGCUGGAGGAGCAGGUGAGGAUCAGUUUGGGGGGGAGCAGCAACUGUGUCCCUCCAGGCCUGCCUGACUCCGCCUAUUUCCCACACCUCUUGCCAUCUCCCCCCAACAACACCCUCAAGUGCUUUUGUGUAGCUGUAAGGCAGGGGUCAGGGACGUGGGUGGCGCUGUGGGUUAAACCACAGAGCCUAGGACUUGCUGAUCAGAAGUUCGGCGGUUCGAAUCCCCGCGACGGGGUGAGCUCCCGUUGCUCGGUCCCAGCUCCUGCCAACCUAGCAGUUCGAAAGCUCGUCAAAGUGCAAGUAGAUAAAUAGGCACCGCUCCGGCGGGAAGGUAAACGGUGUUUCUAUGCGCUGCUCUGGUUCGCCAGAAGUGGCUUAGUCCUGCUGGGCACAUGACCCGGAAGCUGUAUGCCAGCUCCCUCAGCCAAUAAAGCGAGAUGAAAGCUGCAGAGUCGGCCACGACUGGACCUAAUGGUCAGGGGUCCCUUUACCUUUUAAGGCAGGGGUCAGCAACCUUUUUCAGCCAGGGGCCGGUCCACUGUCCCUCAGACCUUGUGGGGGGCCGGACUAUAUUUUGAAAAAGAUCCGCCAGAUAGCAGGCAGCUAUCCCGAAGGAGCAGCAACCGCGGCAGCCUCUCCUUCCCACGGCAAAGUGGUGCGCGGCUUCGGCCAGGGCUCCAAGGAGCUGGGCAUCCCCGCAACUGCCAGAACUACCAGCCAGUAAGCGCUGCUAGUUGGCUGCAGGCGGGGCUAGUCUUAUACGGCGAGUAUAUCCCAAACUCUAUAUUUUAACAGGAAAAGUUGGGGGUCGUCUAAUACGCCCAUUCGCCUAAAACGCCGGAAUCUACAGCACUCACAUAAAGACUACCUUACACUGCGUUUAAAACCAAAAUCGCAUUUGGAUGGAAACUGUUUCUCAGGCGGCUAGUCCUAGUCUUUAUGACCCUGUACCCUCUUCCAGAAGGCAGAAGCUGAACGAGAUCAUUUCCGGGGUGCGCACUAUCCUGCUUCCCUAACCUGCUUCCCCCUCUCCACGUAGGAAUCGCACGAAGCCUUGGACAUCCACAGCUAUGGGGACAUGCUGGUGUCCAAACUGGGCACCGUGGGCGAGUGGCACUCCUUCGCCAGCCUGGUGGCGGGGCAGCCGCCUUUCGAAGUCUGCCGCUGCUUGCUGGCCUCCCUUCAGCUGGUGAGUACGGCGUUCCAAAGGCCGGAGGGUGGGGGCCCUUUUGUGGGUGGGGGUUACGGGGUCCACCUGUGCAUGCCACCCCUUACCCCUUUCCCUAGUGUAGCCAGGUUGUCUUCCAGCCUUUGGGGGGGAAGGGCUUCAGCUCGUUGGGUAAAGGUCAAAGGUCCCAGGCCCAUUGGAGGUAUUUAAUAAUAAUAAUUUUUUAUUUAUACCCCACCCUUCCCGGUUCGGGACGCAGGUGGCGCUGUGGGUUAAACCACAGAGCCUAGGACUUGCCGAUCAGAAGUUCGGCGGUUCGAAUCCCCACGACGGGGUGAGCUCCCGUUGCUCGGUCCCUGCUCCUGCCAACCUAGCAGUUCGAAAGCAUGUCAAAGUGCAAGUAGAUCAAUACAGUAGGUACUGCUCCAGUGGGAAGGUGAACGGCGUUUCCGUGCGCUGCUCUGGUUCGCCAGAAGCGGCUUAGUCAUGCUGGCCACAUGACCCGGAAGCUGUACGCCGGCUCCCUCAGCCAGUAAAGCGAGAGGAGCGCCGCAACCCCAGAGUCGGCCGUGACUGGACCUAAUAUUCAGGGGUCCAUUUACCUUUACCUUUACCUUUCCGGUUCAGAAAACCGGGCUCAGGGCAGCCAACAACAAAUUUAAAACACUUAAUUGUGAUACAACAGAAAACAGCAAAAAUAUGGUCUAAAACUUGAAUAACAAUAAAUUCAGAAUUCAAAAAUCAAUUUGGGGGGAAAUCCAUCCAAUAAACAUUACAUAGUCACCAGGCCAACUGGCUAAAUUAGUCCUCUUUGGGCCAGCAAGGAGACCAGGGGAGAAUUAGCUGUGGGAUCCCAGAGCGGGUGAUCUUCAUAAAAAGGGGAGGGGGAGGGAAGGAAGGAAGGGGAAUAAAAGAUCAGGCUAAGUUCAAACUGAAAGCCAGGCAGAAUAGCUCUGUCUUACAGGCCCUGCAGAAGGAGGUUAAAUCCUGCAGGGCCCUGGUCUCAUGGGACAGAGCAUUCAACCAGGUCGGAGCCAUCACUGAGAAGGCCCUGGCCCUGGAGGAGGAUAAUCUGACUUCCUUAGGGCCCGGGACCUCUAAACUAUGAUUAUUCAUGGACCUUAAGGUCCUCUCAGGGCAGACCAGGAGAGGCAGUCUGGUAAAUACAAGGGCCCUAAGCCACAAAGGGCUUUAAGCAGAGGUUGGAUGGCCACCUGCCAGGGAUACCUUCACUGGGAUUCCUGCAACACCAGGGUGGGCUGGAUGACCCUUAGGGGUCCCUUUCAACUCUUAAGAUUUUGCGAUUCAUUCCCCGGUGACAUCUCCAGGUAGGGCAGAGAGAGAGAUGUCUCGGAUCCCCGAGAAUGUUGCUGCCAGCCCGUGUGGCCAAUACUGAGCUAGGCAGACCCCAGGGACUCGCAUGGUGUAAGGCAGCUCCCCAUGUUCCACAUUGUAGCCUGUAGGUUAGCUCAGCUGGUAGAGCAGGGGACUCUUAAAUCUCAGUGUUGCGGGUUUGAGCCCCACGUUGGGCAAAAGGAUUCCUGCAUUGCAGGGGGUUUGACUGGAGGAGGAUGAUUUAUUUAUUACUUAUCUCCCACCCAUUUGGCCGGGUCUCCCUAGCCACUCUGGGUGGCUCCCAACAGAACAUUAAAAACAGAUUAAAACUUCAAGCAUUAAAAACUUCCCUAAGCAGAACUGCUUUCAGAUGUCUUCUAAAAGUCAGUUGUUUAUUUCCUUGACAUCUGAUGGGAGGGCGUUCCACAGGAAUUGUGGAUCAUCUCUCUGUAGUGAUGUAGGGAUAUAGGAAAAGGUGAACAGGUUCUUACUUUUUAUUGUUAACUGCCUUGGGAAUAAUAAUAAUAAUAAUAUUUAUACCCUGCCUAUCUGGCUGGGUUUCCACAGCCAAACUGGGCGGCUUCCAACAGGAGGUUAAAAAUACAUUAAAACAUCAGUUAUUAAAAACUUCCCUAAAAAGGGCUGCCUUCGGAUGCCUUCUAAAAGUCAGGUAGUGCUUUAUUUCCUUGACACCUGGUGGGAGGGCAUUCCACAGGGCAGGCGCCACCACCGAGAAGGCCCUCUGCCUGGUUCCCUGUAACCUCACUUCUCGGAGGGAGGGAACUGCCAGAAGGCCCUCGGAGCUGGACCUCAGUGUCCGGGCAGAACGAUGGAGGUGGAGACGCUCCUUCAGGUCUACUGGGCUGAGGCUGUUUAGGGCUUUCAAGGUCAGCACCAACACUUUGAAUUGUGCUUGGAAACGUACUGGGACCUUCGGGGCUCCCUUCCCGCUCUACAGUUCUCUGAUUCCACGUCUUCCUCUAGGCCAACGACUACACGGUGGAAAUCUCCCAGAAGCCUGGCCUGGAGGAGAGCAUGGACACCAUGGCUAUGCGCCUGCUGACCCAGGACAAGGCACACGACCGUUUCCGCACCUACACGGCUCCCUCGCUCGGCCAGCACUGACGCCUCUCCUCCUGCGCACAUGCAUGUGUGUUUGUGUGUAUAUAUGUGUAUAUAUCUCUGUACAGCUUCUGCACCCUCCUUUCCCCACUCCGCUUCGACCCUCUUCUCUUUGCCACAAUAAACUCGUGCGCUGGAGUCA